CAGUGGUGGUAACUCGUGGAUAACCAAAGACAUAAAAUGGCGCCAUCUUUGAGUAGGUUGCGAAGCACAUUGUUAGUCAAAACAAUCGCCGAAAUCGCAAUCUAUUUUUAGGUGGCACCCACCGAGCUACGGUACUUGACCGUUUUUCUCGGGCGUCGAAAAAAAGAACGGACGGUAGGAGCGGUUAAACGCGAGCGACGUUGAGUUUUCGGGAAAAGGUUCAACGACCUCUCUCUCUCUCACUCUCUCACUCUCUCUCUCUCUCUCUCUCUCUUUGUAUAUCUAUCUAUCUAUCUAUCUUUCUCUCUCUCUCUCUUUCUUUCUCUCUCUAUUUCUCUCAUUCUAUCUCUCUCUCUCUCUCUCUCUCUGUGUCCGUCUCUCUCUCUCUUUCUCAUAGGGUAACACACAUAGAAAGCGUGCGUGUGACAAGAGUGCCCCGACCGGCCAUGUUUAUACCGUAGUGAAUUUUGAGUAAACGCCGAGCCGAAAUCCCACGAGUCGAGUUUUCCACGUGCGCCCGCACGACGAGAUAGUCUCGCGUCCAAUAGUACCAGAAAAGUGACACGUAUAAUUACGAUAUGGAAUCCAGCGAGAGAGGGUUAAGUUUGGAAAAUAGUAACAUGUCGAUGUCAUCAGUAGGUCCACAAAGUCCGCUGGACAUCAAACCCGACACGGCUAGUCUUAUAAAUCCAGGAAACUUCAGUCCUUCUGGUCCUAACAGUCCAGGAUCCUUCAACGCUGCUGGUUGUCACAGCAACCUCUUGAGUACGUCGCCAAGUGGACAGAACAAGGCAGUUACACCCUACCCACCGAAUCACCCUCUAUCAGGCAGCAAACAUCUUUGUUCGAUCUGUGGUGACCGAGCUAGUGGCAAACACUACGGUGUUUACAGCUGCGAGGGUUGUAAAGGAUUCUUCAAAAGGACCGUACGUAAGGAUCUAUCGUAUGCGUGCCGCGAAGAAAAGUCCUGUAUAAUCGACAAAAGACAAAGAAAUCGUUGUCAGUAUUGUCGAUAUCAAAAAUGUUUGGCGAUGGGAAUGAAAAGAGAAGCGGUACAGGAGGAACGACAACGUACCAAGGAAAGAGAUCAGAGCGAGGUCGAAAGUACAAGCAGUCUUCACUCUGACAUGCCGAUCGAACGUAUUUUGGAAGCUGAGAAACGAGUUGAAUGCAAGGUCGAGCAUGAAGGAAAUUACGAGAAUGCAAUAUCGCACAUUCGCAACGCCACGAACAAACAGCUGUUCCAGCUGGUGGCAUGGGCCAAGCACAUCCCGCAUUUUACCUCGUUGCCGUUGGAGGAUCAGGUACUAUUACUCAGGGCUGGUUGGAACGAGUUGCUGAUAGCAUCCUUUUCUCAUCGUUCCAUCAAUGUCAAGGACGGUAUCGUUUUGGCCACUGGCAUUACCGUCAACCGUAAUUCGGCGCAACAGGCUGGCGUAGGGACGAUAUUUGAACACGUAUUAUCCGAACUCGUAACUAAGAUGCGAGAAAUGGAAAUGGACAAAACUGAAUUAGGUUGUCUAAGAUCAAUAAUCCUCUUCAACCCUGACGUACGAGGUUUAAAAUCCAUCCAAGAGGUCAGUCUACUACGUGAGAAGAUUUAUGCGGCUUUAGAAGAAUAUACACGUGUAUCUUGUCCGAACGAUCCAGGAAGAUUCGCUAAGCUAUUGCUUCGCUUACCGUCCAUUCGUUCGAUCGGCCUCAAAUGUCUCGAACAUCUCUUCUUCUACAAGCUGAUCGGUGAUGUACCGAUCGACGAUUUCCUAAUGGAGAUGCUGGAGUCACCCUCGGAUCCUUAGGAACAAAGGGUGUGCCGCAUUCUGGGGCACACCGAUCUCUGAACAAGAGAGAGAGAGAGAGAGAGAGAGAGAGAGAGAGAGAAAUAGAGAGAGAGAGAGA